AUGGCCGACAAGCCCACCGACGCCCGCGAGCGUCUCCGCCAAAACUUCCUCGAUCAUGACCCAAAGCAUCAUCCCAACCGUUGGGAACACCUUUGGCAGCAAGACGAUCUGCCAUGGGAUAAAGGCUUCGCUUCUCCGGCCUUAGCAGACGAUCUGCUCCCGACCGCUCAGUCUGGCCGUCGCCUGCGCGCUUUGGUACCCGGUUGCGGCAAAGGUUAUGAUGUGCUCUUGCUUGCCAGCUGGGGCUAUGAUGCUGUUGGUGUUGAGGCUGCUGCAACCGCCGUCAAGGCUGCCAAUGCUGAGUCUAAGGGCUGGGAAGAGAAGCCCGAGUAUGCGGUCAAGGACGAGGCAAAGGGCCGCGGAAGCGCCAAGUUUGUGUUCGGCGACUUCUUCGAGAAGGACUGGGAGAGGGAUGCGAUUGGAGAGGAUGGCUCAAAGGAAGGACAGUGGGAUCUGAUCUAUGACUACACCUUCCCAACUUACAAGCCUCCCUCAACUGGUGGACCUCCAUGGGCUCUUAGACCCGAGACUUACCUGGCUCAUCUGAACCAGCCAGGCAAAGAAGUUGAGUAUGAUGAGGAAGGCUUAGCUGUCUGGAAAGAAGGUCAGACUCCUGGAGAUGGCGCUCUUGAAAGAAUUGCUCACUGGAAGCCGGAGAGAACUCACAAGAUCGGCGAAGGUACUGACAAUGUCAGCGUCUGGAAGAGAAAGUGA